AUUGCCUUGCGACGCGGGUCUCAAUGGUUCGAAGGCCGAAACAAAGAUCCGCUGUGGAGGCGACUCCGUCAUUGUUGCAGAUGCUCCUGCGAACAUAACGCUCCCGCUUUCAACAGGUCGUUCAACGCCGGCCGAGGACGCGUUAAUGAACUUCCGUCCGUUAGUCGACUCUCAAAAACCGCUCCCACUCUGAAGACGUGCCCAUCUCCAGUUGACCCCCAAGGAUAGUCUGGCUUCGAGGCUUCUCCCGCGAGUGGCUGGGUAACAUCGACCCAUGUAGAUCGCCGCCGAUACACGAUGCGCACGCUGUCUCCAAGACAGUAAUCCCUAUAGACAAGCCCUUCGAACAGCAGCGACGCGACAUCGCCCGCUGCCGGAACGAACCCAUGGCGUCAGACCUGGUAGCUAGCGAGCUAGUUCCCCUCGGUUCUGACUUGGCGCCAGACACCCAGACCAAGGACGAGGCGACCGACUCGACCCAGCGCAAGACGCAAGAUAUCCUAGAAGCGUGCAAGUGGAGGAACCUUGAGGCCCUUAAGGCUCUCGCCGGUACCACAGGCGGUUUCCUCACCGACACUUUGCGCAGGAAAGCCUGGCCAAUACUCCUCGGUCUUACAGAUGGCGAAUACGGCGAAGACAUCAUCACAACAAGACGAGAAGAGGGGAAUUCUUGGAAAGACCUGCCGCGUCAUAGAGAUGAAGAACAGGUUGCUCUUGAUGUCAACCGGGCUUUCAUCUACUACCCAAACCACCAGGACGAUACCGAGCUCGAAAAGAACAAGAGCGAUCUAUCUGACCUGAUCGUCGAGGUCCUCCGCCGCUACCCCUAUCUCUGCUAUUUUCAGGGUUAUCAUGACAUCUGUCAAGUCUUCAUGCUUGUUCUUGAGCCGCCUUGGCGCGCUCGGCUUGUCUCGCGGCUCUCGGUGCUCCGCAUACGAGACUUCAUGCUCACGAACCUCGAGCCGACUGUUGCCCAGCUGCGCCUAAUCCCCGACAUCCUCCACGCGGCGGACCCGAAGCUCAAGCGCCACCUCGCAGGCACAGAGCCCUUCUACGCCCUCGCGGGGACGCUGACCAUGUACGCCCACGACAUCCAGGCGUACGGCGACAUCGCCCGCCUCUUCGAUAUCCUUCUCGUCCGUGAGCCUGUCUUCAGCGUCUACAUGUUCGCCCAGAUUGUCCUGAACCGCCGUGAUGAGCUCUUUGACAAUGACGAGGACGACCCUUCCAUGCUGCAUCUCAUCCUCUCCAAAGUCCCGCAGAAGAUGGAUCUCGAGUCGCUCAUCGCCGGUGCCACCGGACUGUACGAGCGAUACCCGCCCGAGUCGCUGUCCGCGUGGCGCAAGAUAUCCAAGGCGAGCUCACUCAAGACGGCGCGCUCCAUCGAAUCGUGCGCUAAGCAGACGAUGGACCAAGGCCAUGCGUAUUUUCGGAAACAGCUAGCCGAGCUCAAGGCUCUGGAACGCCGUCAGAAACUCAUGAGGGUACUCUGGGCGUACAGAAAGGGCGCUGCCGCGGCGGGACUGGCCGUCGUCGUGGGCCUUGUCGCCGUCUAUCUGGGCCGCCGGAACCCUAGCCCUGUUCUUGCGCUGGCAAACCUGUACAACAAAUGGACAAACGGGACGAGCUGGACGCAUAACUUCUAGACAGUGCUGAGGAAAAAGUAAGGGCCCCUUGAAAAGCCGUGCCUCCAUGUAAAUUUAGAUCCUGGUGGAAGAGGAAAUGGCCCACCGUAUGAUGAUAUCCCAUCAGACCAAGAGCACCCGAC